UGUGUACGCAUGAAUAUUUUACAUCGUAAUAUCAUUACAUUUCUCUUUGUUAGAAACGUAAAAAUUUUAUUGUUACAAAGAUUUGUUUCAUUAUAAAUAAAUAAGACCAGAUGAAGUAGUUACAAGAAUUAAAAGUAUAACUUAAAAUGUUUAUCGAAGAAUUUAUUGAUCAUUUACGUUUAUUAACUAAUCAUAGUUUAUCAAAUAUUCAUUCAUCUUAUUCAAAUUACUCUUUUUCUUUUUUUCUUUUAAAUUUCGUAAAAUAUUUUUAAUAUUAUGUACGCAUAUAUACUUAAACCAUUAUCAACUACGAGAGGUCAUCGAGGUCCUCGUUGAUCUUUUUAUUAAAAGCUAAGUUUAAAAACUAGUUUGUUUUUUUUUAUAAUUUUAUAAUUCGAUUAAAUUUAAAUAAUGAUAUUUGACAUUUAUUUCAGAUUUUCUUGGCAUCAUUUCUCUUCUCACUGUGAUGUCAUCAAUCGCCAGUUAUGUUAAAACACGUUUUCCCGCCAUAAGUAUAAAAUAUAGAAUAUUAUAUAGAAUGUGUUGUAUAGAAAAGGUCUUUACGGCAAAGGUUAUUGGCGGCGUGGUGGUAUCUCGUAUCAUACAAAAUAUCACGAGUAGUACAGGAGUGGGAGAAUGUUAAUCGAUUGUAUUUCCAGGCCAUUUUAUAGAUUUGAACGAGUGCCAUAAUACGAGUGGAAAGUUCUCUAAAGUUCCAAAUUUUUUCAAUCGUUUCGUUACCAAAGCACAAUGUCUCUUGACGAAAGAUUCAAUAAAGCUGCAAAUGAGGUGAAGGAAUUGAGUGCUACACCUUCUGAUACUGACCUGCUUGAAUUAUAUUCAUUGUACAAGCAAGCUACUGUUGGAGAUUGUAACACAACAAGGCCAGGCAUGUUAGAUUUCAAAGGUAAAGCUAAAUGGGAUGCUUGGGACAAAAAAAAGGGCAUGAACCAAGACGAUGCAAAAGAACAAUACAUUCAGAAGGUGGAAGAAUUGAUAUCCAUCAUUGGGAAAAAAUAACUUACAAAAUGCGACAAAUUUAUGUACACACUUUUACCAAAUUUUAUACAAUUAUAAAUAUGCAAUUUUAUAAUUUUUAAUACCAGGGUGCAGUAGUUGCAAAAAUGUUCGAAUGUAUCUUGAAUUAAUCUUUUUGAUUAUUUAAGUGAUUUAACUGUCUAUGCUGGGUAUAGACAAGAAUUGUUACAAGAAAUCAUGUUAUUGAAAAGGAAUUGAUAUAUCGAAUUGAUAAAUCAAACUUCUCGUGGUAGCUGAAUUUAUUUUACUAUCACUGGUUAACUAUUUACAACGUCGAUAUUGUUAACUUGCGAAGAGUCAACACAUGCAUUAUUAUAUUCACUCACCGACAUGUAACUGUUAACGUACUUAUCUUUCGAAUACAUAUACACGAGUUUUAAUACGACAUCGAAGCGUAUAACGGUGAAAAUAUAUAUAAAAAAAAAAAAUACUUUACCCUCCAUUUUUGAAAACUUUUACAUUGCUCGACUAUCUUUGUAUCAAUUUCAAUUUAUAGGUGAACUUCAUUAUACGAAUAUUAUAAAUUUCAAUGAAGCUGAGAAAGAUCAAAAUAAAGUAAUUGCUUUGUUACAAUGCGACAUUUUAUAAUAAUCAUCCUAUCUUGAGAAAAGUAUUUGUUACAAAUGUGAAAAGAGAGAACAUCAGAGACGAGAUACAGUGAUACUGGAUAUCAAGAGUAAUGAAAUAUACUAGGAUAUAUUAAUUAUGUAUUUGUUUUCUUCUCCACGUUAAGUUUUAACAUUUUUUUUUUUCCUUAUCAUUAUAUACACAUACGCAAGAAACUAACUAAGAGAAACAAAUAGGAUUACGACAUUUAAGUUUGCUUAUGAGGAAACAUUUCCGCAACAGAAAAACUUAGCCCUGCAUAUGAUUUCUUUCCUUGCGGAUCGAUCAGAAAGAAAAGAAAAAAAAGAAGAGGAACACAUUUCUUCCAUCGUGAAUGUUUCACCGCGAUUCGUAAACAAAAGAAAGAAAAGAUACAUUGUAGUAAAAUUUGUCGUAAUACAAUUUUAUCCUUUAAGAGCAAUUGUUAUGACUGCAAGUCGAUCGUGAUGCCUUAAACGAAUAUACGCGUGACGAAAUUCAUCUUCGUGUGUACGUGUUGUGUCCAUUCGCAUAAAAAAUAAAACGUGUACACGUGCGUUUCAACAAUUUAAAUUCUAUCAAAUUCAGUCGAGGUAUCUGUGUAUGUGUGUUUGAGUUUGAGUCUGUGUUUGUGUAUAUGUGUAGAUGUUCGAAAUUCACGCGGCUUACAAAUAAAAAUCUAGCAAUUAUAUAACUUACGACAUAGUGUAAAUUAAUCUUCUAAGGAAUCUAGGAUAAGCGAAACUUACCAGAUUAAACGUAACACGCCAAAAUUUGAACGGAAAUGACGCUAUCUAUAAAACGCAACAGAAUGUUCUGUAAUAACAACUUCUUUCUAUUCCUUUGUAGAAAGAAGGGCCUUUUUCCUUUUUCUCUCUCGCGCUCUCUCUCUCUCUCACUCUCUCUCUCUC